AUGGUAACCCAGGUUAUCAGAGGCGCACCUCAGAACCGAGGGGAGCUGUUUGUUCUCACCCAGUCCCAGAGUAGUGUCCAAUUUCCCAAAAGGGAACCAAGAUCUCCAACACGGAAACCCGAGCUCCCGAGCCGGAGCCGGGGGCUCUCCCUCCAGCAGAUGGCUCCAGCCCGGGGUCUCCAGUCGCUUCCAGGCCUCUUCGGGAGACUCGGGCCUCCCAGAUCCUCUCCCCGGAGCUCGCCGCUCCCCGAGCCCGGCUUCACGCGGGCGCCCACAGCCCCGCCGGCCCCGCCUGAAGCCGGCAGGAGCCCAAGCGAGAGCGCGGCCGAUGAAGGAGGUCGUUCAGUGCCCGUGGGGGAGUCACUCACCUCUUCCCCUUCUCCCCCGGGAGGGGCGGUGCUGGGGCUCUUUUCCCCCGCCCCCCCCAAACGCCUCCUGGCUGCUCCUGCUCAGCCCCGGCGCCUGGCCACUGCCGCCGGCUUACUCCAUAGCCUCUCACACUCGCGCGGCCUCAAAGGCUGGAACCGGAGGAGGGAAGGGGGAGGGGAGGGGAGGGACUGGGGAGGAAGAGUAAGGGAGGGAGAAGAAGACCGAAAGACCAGCCAGCCUAGGCAUGACGUCACUUCCUGCUUGUUCGGAAGGGCCGGGGCCGGGGCGUCUUUGGCCUCCGCCUCCCGAGAACGGGGUGGGGGCGGGGUUACGGGCCGGGGGAGGAGCCCGGCGGACGAGUUUAUGGCGGUUCUUUUCACUCCGCGGUUCCGUAGCCUUGGCAGCCAGAGCCAGCUUCCCGGCCCAGGGCGGAGUGUGUCGAGUUUCGUGAGCCCUAGAGAUGUUUUCUGCCGGAAAAGGAGUACAGGAUGCUCUGGUCCUUUUCAAGCUACUCAGCUAUGGGAUGGUAUUAUUCACUCCCUUCAGACUCAAGUGGAAAUAAAAAGAAGGAGGCAUCAUUUACGAACAUACAAAGACUGUUUUACUGGUUCUGAUGCUGUUGAUGUAGUACUAAGUCAUCUUAUGCAAAAUAUGUGCUUGAGUAGUAAUGAUAUCUCUCCUCUUAAAGGAGUUCGUCUUUGUCAAGUUCUAAUGAACCAUAAAGUAUUUGAACCAGUAGGAAUGAAGCUAUUCAAAAAUGAAAAGGAAUUGGAAUUUGAGCAUUCAAACAAUAGUCUCUACAGGUUUCUAGGGAAUAAAUCAUCUUAUGUUUUUUGCAAAAGAAAAAAGGAUUCUGAGACUGGGUUAAAUGAUGAAAUAAAAGCAAAGGAAUCUUUAAGACCAGAAGGCAAAGUGAUUUCAAAUCCUCUAGCACAAGAGAUUGGUGAGGAAAGAAUUGAGGAGCUUAUUGAUACAAUGAGUGGGACUCUGGCUUUACCUCCAAACAUCACAGUUGACAAACCUGUUCUUCCACUUUCAAAAGAAGAUGUUUGGAAACAACAAACAUUGUUAUGUAUUCUUCAACUGAUUCACAUUCCAUUCUUAGAAAAUAUUUUGGAGCCUCCAGUUAAAACACAAAAUCUCCAAUUAAGUAAAGAGGAAGAUCUUGUUAUCUCAAACACUUGCCUCGACAGAGAGGUUAUUCCAAGCUUAUGUCUACUUGAGAUUGAUAACUGGCUUAAUUCAGCAAUUGAAUGCUUGGAAUAUUUCCCUGACCAGUUAAUAGUUACUCUUAGCGAGCAGUUAUUUCAAAACAGAAAUGAAGAGACAAGAUUGAAUACACAGAAGAAGUUACUCUUUGAUGUCAUAGUAAAAUAUUAUAAUCAAGAGAGAGAUUGCUUAUUAACUGAUGAGUAUUUUGAUAUUCAUUCAGGAAUUAUUGAACUUUUAGAAAAUGAGAAAAGAACAGAAGCACUUGAAGCAACACAACUAUAUCUAAGAUUGUUGUUGCCCAACGUUAGAGAAGAAUUACGACGGCUACUCACUUUUAUGGCAAUUGCAUCUGAACCCAAUGCCUACAAAUUACAAAAACAGUUUGAUAACAAAACGGUGGUCCUGAAAACUCUUGCCAAAGCAGUUUUGCAAUCCAAAUAA